AUGGAACAGACAGAACUUAACAAGAUUAAUACACAAUUUCAAGAAUUGCAAUUGCCAUCAGUAAUUGUCGACUAUUCAAGCAUUCGCAGUAAGACAGUGCUAGUAAGUCCAACAGAGGAGCAGUAUGAACUACUGCAGAAGAGAUUAAAAGAGCGAAUUGCAGAAAGUCGAGGUGAAACAAUUUAUGAGCUUGGAGUGGGCGAAGAUGCAAGUGACAAUGGAUUGGACAGUGAAGAAUAUUUAGCCUCAUUAGCUACAUUGCAGUCAUUAGCUGCAACUUUAAAUGCAGAUUGUGUUGAACUUCGGCAAAGGAAAGGAGAAAAAGGAACGACAGGUCAAUAUUUGAUUAGACAGCGAGUAGAUGAGUCUGAUUUUAUGGAAAUUCGUGUCGCAGUCGUUGGCAAUGUCGAUGCUGGAAAAAGUACAUUGUUGGGUGUUUUGACACACGGAGAACUUGAUAAUGGCAGAGGAUUUGCAAGACAGCGACUGUUUCGUCACAAGCAUGAAAUGGAAUCUGGACGAACGUCAUCCGUUGGAAAUGAUAUUUUGGGCUUUGACUCGCUUGGCAAUGUCGUGAAUCGUGCUGAGCACGGUCAUCUCGAUUGGGUAAAGAUAUGCGAGCAAUCAUCCAAAGUUAUCACAUUUAUUGAUCUUGCUGGACACGAAAAGUAUUUAAAGACAACAGUGUUUGGAAUGACUGGACAUGCACCAGAUUUCGGUAUGUUAAUGAUUGGUGCCAAUUCUGGUAUCAUUGGAAUGACAAAGGAGCAUUUGGGAUUAUCACUAGCAUUAAGUGUGCCACUUUUUGUUGUCAUUACAAAGAUUGAUAUGUGUCCAGUGAACAUUCUUCAAGAUACAUUAAAGCUUCUCGUUAAGAUUUUAAAAUCUCAGGGAUGUCGAAAAGUUCCAGUUAUGGUACGAACAGCAGAUGAAGUAGUAUUGUCAGCCACAAACUUUGUAUCCGAGAGACUAUGUCCAAUCUUCCAAGUAUCAAAUGUGACUGGUGAAAAUUUGGAAUUACUUAAAAUGUUUUUGAAUUUAUUGACAACUCGCGUGACUGGAUUGGACGAUUUACCAGCUGAAUUUCAAAUUGAUGAUUCUUAUUCAGUGCCGGGUGUUGGAACUGUUGUUAGUGGAACAUGUCUACAAGGUGUCAUUCGCCUUAAUGAUGUGUUAAUGCUUGGACCAGAUUUACUCGGACACUUCCAACCGAUUCCAGUUAAAAGCAUUCAUCGAAAGCGUAUGAAUGUGCGGGAAGUAAGAAGUGGGCAAACAGCAUCAUUUGCAUUGAAAAAGAUCAAAAGAUCUCAAAUCCGUAAAGGAAUGGUUAUGGUCAGUCAGGAAAUUAAUCCACAAGCUUGUUGGGAAUUUGAAGGUGAAAUUCUUGUUCUGCAUCAUCCAACAACCAUAUCACAGCGAUAUCAAGCAAUGGUUCAUUGUGGUUCCAUUCGUCAAACAGCUUCCAUUCUUACAAUGAAUAAGGACUGCCUGAGAACUGGUGAUAAAGCAACUGUCAAGUUCCGAUUUAUUAAACAUCCAGAAUAUAUCAAAAUUGGUCAACGAAUGGUCUUCCGCGAAGGUCGUACAAAAGCUGUCGGAAAUGUCCUUAAGCCAUUACCUCACACGCCGUCAUCAAAUGCAAAUCGCACAAAGCCAGCAAAAAUGCAAUCUCGCAAUACACAAAGUCAAAGCUAUAAUAAUCAGCAGAAUCAAAAUCCGAAUGUUGGUACGAAUGACGUUAAGGCUAAUUUAGAAUCAGUGCUUGAAAUGUCUACAGACAAGCGAAACGUCAAGACACGAGGAGGAAAACGAAAACGAUUUAAUGCGCCAACACAGUCGUCAGAUGUGACGGAAUCAAGCUCUACUACUCAGUAA